UGUCAUCAUCUUGCUUCAAGGGAGAGAGUCUCUAGCAGGCCAAUUCAAAGAUUCGCUCCUGGAAGAGAUAUUUUAUGGAAAAAGAAUGACUAGAAUAAUUAUUGUUCGAUUGGCCAAAAAAAAGCGUAUUGUCUGAUUGUCUGUAAGGUGGGCGCAUGGGCUUUGGAAAUGGGUUUGGGGACAGUUUUGCAUGUGUGACGCUCUCCAGCAGCUGCAGCGUUAAUACUUGGCCCAGGACGGAGCCCUCCUCCCCUUUCUCCCCAGCCUGCGGUUACGCAGCUUCCACGCCGAAGGUCAGGCCUGUGCGGAGAGGGCUGACGGCAACUGUCCCUUCCUCCCAAUGCCGGAGAAAGUACCGCUGGACCUGGGGCUUCACUGUCUUGACGGUUCAAGUUCCGAUUGUCUGCUCCUCAGCACCAGCUCCGUGCCCGGCUCCCUGCUGGUGGCGCCCGCGGGGGACUCGUCCAGCCCUCACCAACCAACUCCCACCACCCUCUGCUCCCCGAUGCCACGAGGACAGGCACCCGAUGUCUCUUCCCCGUGCAAUGUGCCACUCACAGAGGAACGCGUCCCCUGGGGUGACAGCCUCGGACAGAAGCGUGUGCAUAAGGGUGUGCCGCGCCCUCUGCUCCCCGCCUAUGAGACCAAAUGAAAGAAGCCAAUCUGAAAAGGCUGCACACUAUAUGAUUCAACUACAUAACAUUCUUCUGGAGAAGGCCAAACUCAGUAGAAAGAUCAGUGGUGGCUGGGGUUUUACAGGGAGGGAGGAAUAAGUAGACGUGGGAUUUUUUGUGCAGAGCAACUGUCUGUGUGACACUGUGACGGUGAAUACUUGUCAUUUACGGUAUGUUUGUCAAAACCCAUGAGCAACACCGAGUGAAUCUGAAUGCAAACGAUGGACUUCCAUGAAAAAGUGUCGCUGUUGUCUCACUAAUCGCAACAAGUGCAUCAAAGCAAGAUGUCGACAGUGGGAAAUUGUGGGCAAGCGCUUGCGUCAGGCGGUGAGAGGGUGAUGGGAACUCUGUACUUUCCCCUCAGCUUUUCUGUAAACCUGAAACAACUCUUAAAAAGCAGACUAAUGUUGAAAAAAAAGUCAUGUCCCUGUUUAAAACCCUCCAACGGCUUC